GAGACGGAGAGGAUCGGGAGGCUCAGGCGCCCCUCUACUCUGCCUGGGAAGAAGAGCUCCCGCUGCUCCUGCCUUCUUCCCAUUGGGAACUCCUCGCUCGCCGCCGCCGCGGGCCACUUGGAGCGCAGCCGGGGAGAGCCUCCCGCUGCCUUCGCUUCCUCUCCACCAGCCUCGCCCCCCCCCCCGAAGAUGGUGAACGAUCGAUGGAAGAACGUGGGGGGAGCAGCUCAGCUGGAAGACGGACCUCAGGAGAAAUCCCAGAGAAUGAGCUGUGGUUACAUCCUGUGCACGGUCCUCCUGUCCGUGGCCGUCCUUCUAGCUGUUACCGUGACUGGUGCCAUCCUCUUCAUGAACCACUACCACACGCCUGUCACCGAAUCCCCGCCCAUCAUCAGCACCAAUCCCGACGAAGCCAAUGCCUUGGUCACGAUCGAGAAAGCAGACAGCUCCCGCAUCAACAUAUUCAUCGACCCCAACUGCCCCGAUCAAGCCAAUGGCUUCACUCACUUGGAGGGCCUCCAGUCUUCCCUCCUGAGAGCUGUGACAGACCAUGAUGCCGAGACCAAGUCGUCGAAGGGGCAAGAGAGGGCCUUGCUGGUUGGCUUGUCGGAUGAGGUGUCCAAGUUGCUCAGCCAUGCCGCUCAGCUGAGAGCGGACUGCGACAGUCUGAAGAAGGGUCACAGCGCCAUGGCGCAAGAGCUGAAUGCCCUACAGAACGAACAAGGCCGCCUGAUACAGCUGCUUUCAGAGAGCCAGACCAACAUGGCAAGACUUGUGAGUUCAGUAAGUGAUAUCCUGGACACCUUGCAGAAGGACCGCAGCAUGCUCCGUCCGCGGCUCAAGGCUGACCUUCAGAAAUCUCCGGCCAAGAGUGCCCGGCCAAAAGGAUGCUCCAAUGGCUCCCGGCCCCGGGACUGUUUUGACAUCUACACAAGUGGACAACAAGAGGAUGGGGUUUUUUCCGUCUUCCCCACUCACUACCCUGAGGGCUUCCAGGUCUACUGUGACAUGACAACAGACAGCGGGGGAUGGACGGUCUUCCAGAGGCGUGAAGAUGGCUCUGUGAAUUUCUUCCGUGGAUGGGAAGCUUACCGGGAUGGAUUUGGGAAACUCACUGGAGAACACUGGCUGGGGCUGAAGCGAAUCCAUGCCUUGACUACACAAGCCAGCUAUGAGCUACGCAUUGACCUGGAAGACUUUGAUAAUGGCACCGCUUAUGCGCAUUAUGGAAGCUUUUCUGUGGGUUUGUUCUCCGUUGACCCUGAAGAAGAUGGCUACCCAGUCGCCAUUGCAGACUAUUCUGGGACAGCGGGGGACUCUUUCCUGAAACACAACGGCAUGAAGUUCACCACCAAAGACCUGGACAACGACCAUUCGGAGAACAACUGUGCUGCUUUCUACCACGGUGCCUGGUGGUAUCGCAAUUGCCACACCUCUAACCUGAACGGGCAGUACCUCAAGGGGCACCACAGCUCCUAUGCGGAUGGCAUCGAGUGGUCCUCAUGGACGGGCUGGCAGUACUCCCUCAAAUUCACGGAGAUGAAGAUCCGACCUCUCCGCGACGAAAACUAGCCAUCUCGUCACCUGAUCCCCCACCUGCCUCUGGUAGGGUCGUUUUGUCUGAGUCUGGGGGCAACAGGAACAGAAAGGUCCCCCUCCCACCAACAAUGUUCUUCUAAUGCUAGUGUUUCCCUCUUUGUGCACAGUUGAUUUCCGAACAAGGCGCGCUCUCUACCUCUUCCUCCGGUUUCCAAACACGGGUUGUCUUUUUCAGCCUAUGACGAUUCUACUGCAUAAAUGCAAGAACGAGAAGCAGAGAAGGAUUUCCCAACGGUGCAAGGGGGAUAUGUUACCCGCUCAUCCCAUUGUUAAAUGGAAGAGAUGGUUUGAGAUCCAAAGUCAGCCAGUCCUUGGAAUGUUUGUGUUGUGCACUGGUCCAAGCUCAUCCAAUACCUUCGAUGCUGACCCACCCCACCCCACACAUUGCAGCAAAGUCAUUGGCUGCAAAUCCCUGCAGAGACCCACCGAGGAGAGUUUCAGCACAAGGCCAGGGGCAGGGGGGAUGUGAUAAAACACCAAGGAAGGCAGCCUGAUACUGGCAUUCAGAAGAUAACUCGGAUCAGAAACAGUUGGAAGCCAUGGCCAAGAUGAAAUUCCUGCUGGGAAUUUUGCAGCACAGACCGAUAGGAAGACAUCCCUGUAUUAAUUGGAGCAAACGUGCUACGCUGUCAGAAGUGCGAUGCCAAGGCUCGAGAAAACCCCAGCAUUCUGAUGCUGCAGAGAUGAGCCACGGACAAAUGCUGCACUGAAGGCAGAAAUAGGAUUGUCACAUGGGAGGCAGAGCGUCCAACCUGAUAGGCAAGAGAAGAUCAACGCUGAGACGUGGCUGAGCUCCAGAAUCUCCUCUCAGCCGAGCUAAUUCUGAGCUGGCCUUGCUUGUCUGUGGCUCCUCCUGGAGCUGGGGGUUGAGGAGCAGGACACGGCAUCUUCACGAGACGCUAAGCAGGCAUCACACUGGAAGCGUCCAAGCAAGGACAGCCAUGUGUUUUCAAUGGCUUUGGGAGGAAUUCAUGUCGCAUCUCAGUUCCCUGGUCCCUAUAUAGGGGCCCUUGGCUGAGGUAGAAUAUGAGACUGCAGCUUCCGAGGCUGAUCCCAGAGCAGAAUCAGUGCACGCUCCAGGAGUUGGGAAGCUUGAACACACACGCGGGACUCUCCCUUCAACCUCAUAUUCCAGCUCUUUCUCAGGUGCAACAAAAAUGCACCUUUGCCUCAGCAAUUGUGCCAGGUUGCCUGUGCAGUUGGAUGAAUGAGUUUCUCGAAGCUCUUUUCUGGAUAUGAAUGACUUCUUUGAUCCUAAUGGCUGUGGAUUAUCAAUAGUUCUCACACCCUUUCAGGUAUUUCCACACACCAGAUGCAUGCCACAACUGCACAUUUUGGGCUAUGCAGGAAAACCAGUAAUGUGGCCAAGUAAACACAAAGGUAGCUCAGUGUUCGAGUACAUGCUUUUCCGGUCCCAGGUUCAAUCCUUGGCGGCUCCAGUUAAAAUAAUCUCAGGUGGGAGAGCUGGGAGACUCCUGCCUGUCACAGUAGACCAUGCUGGGCGAGGUGGACCCGUGGCUUACAUGCAGUAAAUGCACAGAUUGUAGGGAGCGAUAGAGAACAUGCUUUAUAUGGAGAAGAUCCUGCGCUCCGUUCCCAGCACGGAGCCUUUCGAAAGCUUUGCAGGAGUCAGUGCUACGGACCAACACAGUCAUAAUAUCCACAACACUGUAUACAUCAUGUCCUUUGUGAAGCAGUUCUGAGUGUCACUUAGGUUACCUUCUGUGUACCAGGUCAAUGGCAGCUCCAGCAUUCCGAAGUCAGAUGAUGGGAGGGAGGAGUGGGCAGGCGAAAGAAGAAUAGUAGCACCCGGGUUGUUUUUUGGAGUUGGACUACAAACUUCCUCUCAAGCCAACUGGCAGCUGCUCAAGUUACACUGCUCGGGUUGCUGUCCUCCCAUGGUGGUUCCUCACUUCAGGAUCAUGCUGCUGCUCUGCACUUGGGCUUUAUAAAUGAGCACGUAUCCCUUGCAGAAGAAUGAACUAGAACCAAUGGAUGGUCCUGUCAGCCCGUUUGGCAAAGGGGUGUGUGCGUGCGUGUGUUCGUUUGUGCAUGCAUGCACAACUCUAGAUGUGUCUGGAAGAGCAAGUUUCCACUUUGUCUGCAGAGUACAGAGACUGUGACUUUCUCAAUCAACUUGCUGAAGAGUAUCUGACCCCAGCAUUCUGUCUUCAUUACGCCACAGACAGGAACCAACCAGCCAUCUUUCCAUGCCUCCUUUUUUGUGGUCUAGAGGACAGAAGGCCAUGGACUCAUUUCCAUCCAAGAUAAGCUUUGCCCCUUAAAGAUUCUCCAAGCAUCUCAUUUCUUCCAAUCCCAUUAAGGUUUUGCAGAAGCAAUCAAAGGAGGCUUAUCAUCUGUGGGUCGCUGCUAACGGCAGGAAUUUCUCUCCGCCGGCUCCUUGGGUGCUAUUGCACAAAUGCCAGAAAAGGUAGCUGGGCAGAGAAGCUUCGAGAACAGCCUCCUUCCUCAAGGGACUCUCUUGGGCCCUUGCGACACAUGGUGGAAAACAGGAUUUCCAAAGAGGCUCUACGCGAAUGCCACUAGACCAUCUGCAGUGCCCAGCUUGCGAAGUGACUGCAGGUUCUUCUUGGCCCCCUGCCAGAGAGUUAGCAGUCCAAGCUGUUCCCCCUCAAGUCCCGAUGUUUAGAAAUGGGACAGUGGCCCAGGUUUGCUGUGGCUGAUUUCCCCCCUCAGCAUUUAGGGAACUGGCUUUGGCUCUGUUUAGCUGAGAAGAUUGCUGAGAAGGUGAAGCAAAGAAGGGAAAGGGAAGCAUUGAUGGAGAUGUUGACGAUGGAAUCUAGAGAUUGCUCCCAGGUCCAUCCUGCAAAUAACAGGAGAAAAGCGUUCAAUUUAAAUGGCCAUCAGAUUUCUCCUGGGUGGCACAAGGUAAUGCCGUCCUUGAGGUGAGACACAAAAACCACCUUGCCCCACGCCCCUGGUGGGGACCAGCCUCCUUUCAAAUCCAGCCCUUGCAAGAUUUGAACAUGGCAUGGGGGGCAGAGAGGAGGGAAGAUUGCUAGCAGCCUUCUCUUUUUUUCCUUGUGCAAGUUUUGCAAGGAGUGUGAGGAGAGGUGCUCCUUAGAAAGCUUCCACCUCAAAGAGCUGCUCUAAAGGCAAGAAUGGGAGAGAUCUUGCUGAUGCCCCAGUCAUCUGCCGUCUGACGCCAUUGCCUCACCAUGCCUCAUAAAAGGGCCGCCCCUGAUUUGGAGGUUCCUGCUUCAGAGGACCAGCCAAAGAAGAAAAGCUGGGCAGGGGAGGAAGGCUAGGAGGAGUUUACAUGAUAUGCAAUAUUUCUCACACGAGGCUGAGAUAGGAUUCUGGAUAGGAUUCUAUGCCGCGACCAGAUUUUGCCUCAAGCAAAAUGUUGAGGCAAAUUUGGAGGGGCCUGCUUGGAUGAUAAGACCAGAGAAAUCCGAUGGAAGCAGACUUUUUGUUUUGCCAAGACUAGCUUGGAAUCCUGCUCAUGUUAGAAACGCGCAGUGCUUAGAAACCAUUUAAAAGGGAAGGACCCACACCUGAUGGGUGGGCGUGUGUGUAAAAACCCAGCCCAGCCUGCUUUGUGCCAGACCCAAGUGCGUUAGAAGAGCCAAGAUUCACCAGUCAGGAACUCAGUUCAUUUCAUCCCCCCUAACUUGCCAAAUAUAAAGAGAAUAUGCUUCCGAUUAAGCUGGACUUUGGAAGUCCGUGGGGAGACAUACAAUGCCUGAGGUCUGAACGAGGACCCUUGUUGCCUAAGGGCCAAACCAAACUAGAUGUAACAAAGGGUGUGUGUGUGUGUUUGAAACAUAGGACUCCCCUCUUGCAUGUAUGCUUGGAGCAGCUGAUGCGGUGUGUGGUGAUGCAUGCAGGGCCUCCAACACCUUCCUCCCAGCUGGGGGUUGGGGCAUGGAAGUGACUUGAGUUGGGGCAAAAAGAGAGGGGUGCAGGAAGGGAAGCCAGCCCUGGGUCAGCUCAUGCUGCUGCUGUGGUGUCAAGUGUAGCUUGGAUCACCACUGCUUAACAUGGUGAUUCUUUCUAUUUAGCAGGGGGAGAGUAACUGGCCCUCUCCACCCCCAGCACAAUAUCUCCAGUGACGGUUGCUGGUGUCUAUCUUAUGCUUUCUUUUUAGAUUGUGAGCCCUUUGGGGACAGGGAGCCAUCUUUAUUUAUUAUUUCUCUAUGUAAACCACUUUGGAAACUUUGGUUGCAAAGCGCUAUAUAGAUAUUUGUUGUUGAACAUACAUAAGGACAGCCCUGCUGGAUCAGGCCCAAGGAGGCCCAUCUAGUCCAGCAUCCCGUUUCGCACAGUGGCCCACCAGAUGCUGCUGGAAGCCACAGACAGGAGUUGAGGGCGUGCCCUCUGUCCUGCCAUUGCCCCCCUGCAACUGGUACUCAGAGGCACCCUGCCCUUGAGGCUGGAGGUGGCCCACAGCCCUCUGACUAGUAGCCAUUGAUAGACCUCUCCUCCAUGAAGUCAUCCAAACCCCUCUUAAAGCCAUCCAGGUUGUUGGCUGUCACCACAUCCUGUGGCAGAGAGUUCCACAAGUGGAUCACGCGUUGUGUGUUGUUGUUGUUGUUGAUGAUGAUGCUCGCUCCAGGCCUAAGGAGCCAGCCACAGAGCACACCUCCUCCACAUUAGAGAACAGGAGUGAGCUGCCAAGGGGUGGAAAAGCCAGAAGCCAAGACAAACCUGAAGGCUGGGAGGUGUAACACUCCAGGGAAAUGUGGGGAGGGUAGAAGAGUGUUAGAGAUGGAAGGGACCUGGGAGGUCCUCUAGUCCAACCCCCAUUAGAACAGUAUUAUUAUAAUUAUUACAUUUUAUUUGCUAGCUGCCCCAUUCAUUCAUUCAUUCAUUCAUUCGAUUUCUAUACCGCCCUUCCAAAAAUGGCUCGGGACGGUUUACACAAAGAUAUAACAAACAAAUAAGAUGGAACCCUGUCCCCGAAGGGCUCACAAUCUAAAAAGAAACAUAAGAUAGACACCAGCAGCAACAGUCACUGGAGGGAAACUGUGCUAGGGGUGGAUAGGGCCAGUUACUCUCCCCCUGCUAAAUCACCACAUUAAAAGGUGCCUCUUUGCCAAGUUAGCAGGGGUAACAAGUUGUUCUCUGGGCGGCUCACGACACAGCAUCAAGUAAAAACACAUCACACACAUGAAGUCACAACACAUUGAAAGAAAGAAAGAAAAAAUACACUUUUAAAAACUUUUUAAAAGUCUGUUUCAAAGAUCAAAUUUGAGCUCCCACUGAAAUAAGACUGUUUUGAUGCUCUGCUCAAGACAGAACUUCUGCACCAAUUAGACGUUCUCCUCUCACUCCACCAUGGGAAGCCCUGUGCAAGCACAACCAGUUAAGGUAGGGAGGUUAUCUUAGGAAAAUGAGGCCGUUGCAGAAUUCAAGCGCCUUCAAAUUCCACCCUCUUUGUCUAAUUAAGUUAUCCGGCUUGUGCUCCUGCCCACACAACACCUGCAAUCAUUCGCAAACAGACGUUUCUCGCCGAUAUCGAAAAUCCAGGGGUUUUGCUGAACCUUAUCUGACUUCCGGUCAAUGCAUUUGUAGGCCUGGCAUUUCUAUGCAUCUCAGGGGAUGGCGCAGGAGACAGAGGGAAAUCAGGAGGCUGUCUUUUUUUAUAUGUUCUAUAUAAUUCACUGGGAUGACUUGUAAAUAGUUUUUAUAGUGUUUGCCUUUGUGAUGGAAGGGAACUCAGAUCAAGCCUAUCUAACUGGACGGUGAAAAGGGAGGGAGAUGGAAUCCAGAUUUGCAAACGAGGAUUAGUUCCUUGAGUGGGGUGUGCCCAUCUCUUUUGUCAGGCUAAGAUUAUUUCUGCCAUGAAAAGGAUCGAAAGAAACCUGGCCAGUUAAGGGAGACGAGGACAAGAGAGAUGGUUGCAUGCUGAAGAUUUCAGUGGAGUCCCAGUCCAGAGAAUAUUGUGGUACUUCCCAAUGCAAUCAAUGGAAAAUGCUAAUUGAAAUUGAUUGAAGCUCAGUCUUUGUAAUGGGACUUAAGUGUGACUUACUGUUCAGGCCUAGAUGAAAUUUCUUUCCUCAGCAGUUUACAGGGUAAGGUUGGACAGGUGUCCGGUGGGGAUCCUUCAAGAUGAUGAUGCCCUUCCUUUAACACAGACUCUAGAGUAAAACUCAGCAAAUGCUGUCCUUCUAACUGUCAGUGCAGGUUGAAAGAGGGAAAUGUGGCAUUCAAUACAGGUCUUAAUAGCAGAAUACUGGGGUCUGAGUCCUGGCCCAGCAAUAGCGGCCAAACCAUGGACAACCUCAUUCCCCUGGCCACGUCAUCACUUCUAUUACGAGGGAUGUCCUCGAGGAAAGGAAUUUGUUUUGUUUUUACGUUUAUAUCCUGCUCUUCCUCCCAAGAGUCCAAGCAGUGUGCAUGGCUAUGUUUCUCCUUACAACAACCCUGUGAGGCGGGGCCUGACAGAUUCCGCCCCCUUUGAGAGAGUAGCCAGGUCUACUGAUUUCCAGUGGCCAGGUCCAAGAAAGAAAACUGGCCAGGUCUACCUGCCAAAUGAAGGAGCCCCUGGGUAGACCUGACCUAUCCACUCAGCAGGCAGAGAGUGGUGUGAACUCUGCAUUUUUAUUUAUUUAUUUAUUUAUUUAUUUAUUUAUUUAUUUAUUUAUUUAUUUAUUUUUGAGGCCGUGGGAAGCAGAUCUUCAUUUCUCAAGUUUGAAGUAUGGUAGCCUUCUCCUCCUUCUCAAAACUAAUCAGGGUUCUAGAGGCUCCAUGGGAUCACUCCGUUCAGGAUUAUGAUCCGAGAUCUUAGGGGCUGGUCUUGUAGUAGCAUGAAUUGUCCCCUUUGCUAAGCAGGGUACACCCUGGCUUGCAUUUGAAUGGGUAUGUGAGCACUGCCUGCUGCAAGACCCUUAGGGGGAAGGGCAUGGGAUGGUAGCUCAGUGCAGAGCAUCUGCUUUGCAUGCAGAAGGUCCCAGGUUCCCUCCCUGGCAGCAUCUCCAAGAUAGGGCUGGGAGAGAGACUCCUGCCUGGAACCUUGGAUCGCUGCUGCCAGUCUGGGUAGACAAUACUGAGCUAGCUGGACCAAGGGUCUGACUCAGUAGAAGGCAGUUUCCUAUGUUCCGACAAAAUUCUUGCCUGACCACAUCCCUCUGGGUGUCCUAUGUUCACAAGAAAACAGGUGAUAUAGUUUUGAGAUGGAGAGAAGGAGACAGGGGGAAAUAUCCUGGCAGCAGGUGAGAACUGUUGCAUUGAAAGCUCCGACGUGCUCCAAGCUGAUCCUUUUGGGUUAGAUGCUGUGCUGAGGAGACAGUUCCCUGAUGCUGGUCUGACCAAUGAGUUUUUCCAGUCAUCUGUAUUUCACCUGCUGUAUGACCUUUGCCAAUAAACAAUGACCAGUAGUGAAACAACAGAGUAGGAACUUGCCAAUUCUGUCUGUCUUCCAUGGAUUUGGAAGAAGAACAAGGGAGGGGAAUAUCCGUGUCUGAAUGACUGGACAGAUCACAUGUCGUAUGUCAGUCCAGUGAAGUAGAUAUAGUGUGUGACUGGUAAUGUGGACUUAAAAACUUAAUAAAAAGGAACUCGUGAUCUCU